AUAGUUUGUCCACACUGUUUGUACCAUAUAGUGGACUUUAAGUUAUGCUAUUCCCCUUACUUUGUAAACCAUUGAUAGAUUGUGUUUUGUUUUGUUUUGUUUUUUGUGGUUUGUUGGUUUUUUUAACCUUUGUUCUUCCAUUGGCUACCCAAUACCUUGCAAAUUGUAGGUGCUCAAUAAAUGAAUUUAAUUGGGAUGCCUUCUCUUCACUCUCUCCACUAUCAUGUGUUGCCCAUUCAGCUCAUGGCCUAAUACUCCGUGUUUCCAGUUAUACUAUCCCAUUUGGCUCUCACUAUGAAAUCCUAAGAGAUUAUCAUCCCAUAUUAAUCCUUAACUAUGUUUUCUUAAAUUGUUAUUUAACUUUUAUUUAUCUAUGCUUUGUCUUCUUGAAAAGGGAGGUAAGUUCCUUUAGCUGGUAACAUUUCUUGAAUUUCUUCAUCCACAACAUCCAGCAUAAUACUCGAUGAAAUGCUUAAAACUGACGCCAUGGUUACAGUCUUUCAAAGUUAAUUUCCAUUACUUCCCAUCCUAUUUAGUCUACGAGUCCCGGCCCCCAUAAAAUUGGCUUAAGAAAGAUGGUGUUUUAAGUAAAAUGCUUUGCUUAAGGAGUUAACACGAGAAAUAAAAGACGCUUCAUCCCCACCUAACAAGAUGGUAAUUAAUGCUCCAAUUGUCAGAACAGGUUUUUCCUGUUCAAAUAUCAGGAUCGCUGCUGUUGAUUUGAAACACCUCCUCGCCGGUACAGAGAUCCAGAGAUCCAGAGAUCCCACGCAGCGGCUCCAGUUCGAACUCCGGAAGAAAACCCGCGGCCCUGGCAGAUUUCAGGUGCUACAGGCGGCCGGCCGGCCGGCCGGCCACUCACUCCAGUCAUUUGCACCCAUGGCAGAGGGCGGCACCUUACUUACCCAGGGGGUAACUGCCUCCAGAGAGGAAUCCUUAUCUGCCCCCUGUACCAUCGGGGUAAAAGCCAAAUACUAACAGAGGUCACAGGUAUCGUUUACGCAAUACCAGGAAGAGGGCAGUGAGCCAACUGACGCCAGUUAACUCCGGCGCAGUAGGUCUUCUGGAGCAAUGUGCGCGGUCCUUAAGGCGCCUGCGCAUUGGUGUCUAACCCGGUUCGGAACGAAGGGCCGAGGAACUACGUCAUGGGCGUCGCUCUACGUCUGCCCUUUCGGCGCCUGCGCGUUCUGUUGCCGGCAAGUGGAAGGGGGGUGGUGUCGACCCUUUUCCCAUAGUGUACCUUAGCGCCGCCCGGACGUGUUCUGGUCGCCGGCACCAUGAAGAUUUGGACGUCAGAGCACGUUUUCGACCACCCAUGGGAAACAGUUACAACAGCUGCUAUGCAGAAAUACCCAAAUCCUAUGAAUCCAAGUGUGGUUGGAGUUGAUGUCUUAGACAGACAUAUAGAUCCCACUGGGAAAUUGCAUAGCCAUAGACUUCUCAGCACAGAGUGGGGAAUGCCUUCUAUUGUAAAAUCACUUAUUGGUGCAGCAAGAACCAAAACAUAUGUGCAGGAACAUUCUGUAGUUGAUCCCAUAGAGAAAACAAUGGAGCUUAAAUCCACUAAUAUUUCAUUUACAAAUAUGGUUUCAGUAGAUGAGAGACUUAUAUAUAAACCACAUCCUCAACAACCAGGAAAGACCAUUUUGACACAAGAAGCCAUAAUCACUGUGAAAGGAGUGAGCCUUAGCAGUUAUCUAGAGGGACUGAUGGAAAGUACAAUAUCAUCUAAUGCUAAUAAAGGUCGUGAAGCAAUGGAAUGGGUCAUUAACAAAUUAAAUGCUGAGAUUGAAGAGUUAACUGCUUCAGCAAGAGGAAGCAUGAGGACACCUAUGGCCGCAGCAGCAUUUGUAGAGAAAUGAUAAUGGCUAUUUAUAUGAAACAUUAAUAGGUCCACCAGGUUCUCUGCAGGCUGGUAACAUAUUUAUUCAUAUUUGGUAUUUAAGAGGCAUAUCUGUAUAUUAGAUAGUUAUUCAGUUAGCUUGGAGAAAGGCUGCAACUUUUGAUGGAAAAAGGAGAAGGUGCAGGGCUUCCCAACAUAUGGGAUCAACUGGAAUUAACAUUACCCGAAAAUACCAUGCAAUAUCAAGUUUCCAGUAUUUGAAGAUUUAAGGAUAUUUUAAAUGGAUACCUCGACCAGAAACUGGCAUGUUGAAUUUUAUAGCAUUUAAUUCAUGAGACUCUACCUGGUUUUGGACCAACUCCAAAAUGAAGCAGAGCUACCUUUUCUAGCAUUAUUGCUCAAGCGGUUUUCAUGUUGUAAUAACUUUCUUUGGAAAGAAGGAAAGUAUAUUACUUGAAAUCCAAAUACAAACCUUUUAUUUGUACAAAAGUAAUUGGCUUUGAAAAACUAUGGCAUUCUGAAUUGGUACUUAAGUGAUAUUUUUGUAGUGAAUACUAUCAUUAAAAUGACAUGUAACUCCCAGUAUAAACCUGAUUGCAUUAUAUUACAGAGUACUGUAUUGAUUUGUCAAAAUUUUGUGAUAUAAUACAAACACGAUCUAUCUUGAUUUUGGAUUUGCAGAAGUAUAUAUGAUUUAGAAUAUUGAAUUGUGAGCAUAUGAUGUUCACUUUAAAAUUUGAAGAGGAACCAAAAUAAAAAAUAAAGUUAUUACCUGAAUUUAAGAGCAUCAUAAAAUUUAAACUAACAACUAUUUGCAUCUUUUAAGCAUUUCACAUAAUGCUUAAAUAACUUAUGCAAAAAUUGCCAUGACUGAAUCAUGCAUCAAUAAUUACUGUAGCAUGAUAAGUCAAAUUAUUUCACUGUAAAAUAGUUAAUUGCAUCUUUUUGUUGUAGUAUAGUAAUUGACCACAAACAAGUCUUUUUUUACAAUACAUAUCUGUGGAUCAUUUGAUUUAAUUUCUAGUUUGAUUUCAAAUAUAAAUUCUAGGUACAUAGCUCACUUUGUAAUCCAAUGGUGCCACUGCCAAAAGAAGGAACUUAACCACAGCUAACCACUAAAGGAAAUUGCACUGAAGCUUUUAUUUGUGGAAAGUCCAUACUUUUGGUAGCAGAGGGCCAACUGGAAUACCAAAAAGCUAUUCCAGAAAAUGUUAUAUUUUGUUGAAUAUUUCAAAGCAGAUAAUUGUUAACUGCUAAACAGUAUUUUCUGAUUCUUGUAAUUAUUUCUAUGAUACUAAAGUUGCAUAUGGAAUAUUUUAAAAGGCAGUUAGAUCUUGCCUUUAACUGUGCUUAACAUAAGUUGGAACUUCUGUAAAGGUUUCCUAUAGAAAAAACUAGUGUAUAUGUACAUAAGCCACAGAAACAUAAGUUUACCAAACUAUUUAAAAAUGAGUAUUUUUUCUAUUUAAAGUAUUGUUUAGCUUAAGACUUUAUUGAUACAUUUGUAAAAACAACUCUCAGAAUCCAUUAAGGUUUGUGAUUUUUUUUUUGUAACAGAUUGUUUUUACAACCGAAAUGAUAUUUCAGCUAAACAAAAUAUACUAAAUGUUAAUACUUGAUAAAAGUUGGCUGUGUCUGAUUUCUGUAAGUUGUACUUGUUCAGAAAAAGGUGUUAAUGCUUUCAGGAUAAAAUAUUUCUAAACAAGG